GCAGUCCACACUGAAUUCUGAUAACACACCGUUUUGGGAAGUGAAGGUAAAUCAUAGGAGACACACAGAAAAAGUCACUUCAUGGUAAUGGGAAGAAUGACGAAUGUUGGCAGAGGUGGGAAACAAGAGAACAAGCGAUGGUCUUCAAUCCAUGGUCCUCGUUUCUUGGCAGUCUUACUUGUGAUAUCAAUGAUCCACGUAGCAGCAAGUCAGAACAAGAAGACGACUCUCGAACAGGGUUUAAACAAGAUUCGAUCCCCAAGAUUUKCCAAGACAUCAGUCAAAACCAACUCUCAAUCUAGCAAGAUUUGCAACACUCCCRAAUGUAUUGAUGCAGCCAAUCAAAUUAACCGUUCUAUGAACCUUUCCGUAAACCCUUGCGAGGAUUUUUAUGAGUACGCCUGUGGCAGAUGGUCGGAAAACAAUCCUUUCCCUCCCGGUUAUUCUUAUUAUUCUAUAUUUAAAAAAGCCGAAGCGAAAACAGAUAAAUACAAAAAACGAAAAUUAGAAAAAGCCAAAAUCGACAUCAACGGAGCGAGCGCAGAAGUACAGCGAAUGCCAACAGAUUUCUACCAAUCRUGCAUAAACUUGACGGCCAUUGAAAUUCUUGGUGACGCACCUCURAGGAAACGCAUUAGAGAGUUGGGAGGUUGGGGCAUGAGUGGAAACUGGGACGAGAAUGCCUGGGAUUUUAAGAGAAGCCUUCUUUCUAUUCAUAAAUUGAAAGCCAGUGAUUCGCCUGUUUUUCGAGUAUACAUCCUCAGUGACCUUGACGACAACACAAAGAAAAUGAUCUCCAUAUAUAACUCUGGAAUAGCCCUAGCGAAAGAAGUAUAUCAAAAUCUAUCAUCAGAGUGCGAAUCGAAAAACCGUGGGCGCCUAGAAAUAUGUCAAGAAUGUUUUUUAACCAAUCAGAAGCGUUAG